ACCGUUGACACAAUUACCAGAGAGAGAAAGAGAGAAAUCGAUUUUUGUUGCUCAUCGUCGGGGAUGGGCGAGGCUUAUCUCCGGAGUAGCACAAGAAACUCAUUUAACUCAGGACACAUUCUGGUCUCUGAAAUUCGUUAAUCGUCAUUUUUGAAGCUGACUUUGAUAAGAGGCAGUGUUCAGAUGCCCAGCCAAACAGUAAGAGCCUGUGUGCUCUGUCACACGAACAUUCGUUAUCUGAAAUCUUCUGCUGAAUUCUUGGGUUUUGUAUUGUGAUUUUUUAUCUUAAAAUUUUUUUUAGCGGUCUGAAUCAGUGUCAUCCUCUUGCUUUUCGGUGCCAUGAGUUCUCAGGAUAGCUUUCAACUCUUCCCAUGUUUAAUUUUUCAUUAUCACACUACUUACUUUUGCGGGGGAAUAAUUAUAACUCGUCCAUGAGCUGCUUCUGCUCCGAUGGCCGUAAAGCUCUCACGUUUAGCAUUUUUCAAGACAAUUCCCAAAUGGGCUUCUGUGAAUGCGCGCGUUGCUUCGUUUUCAUGCGCAAACCAAAUCCAAAAUACCUCAGAAGACGACCACACUCCGCACAACACCUCAGAUUUUGAGGCCAAGAUACAGUUUCUGAGGAACAAGCUUAGCCCAGAUAAUUUAACCCGCGUUUUGGAUUCCACGAAUGAUUUGGGUUCUGCACUCAAGAUAUUCAAAUGGGCUGCCCUCCAAAAGCGGUUUCGUCACACCCGUGAAACCUAUUGUUCCAUCAUCUCGAAAUUGGGGAUGAAUGGGUGCGUUCAGGAAAUGGAGGGUUUCUGUGCUGAGAUGGUGAGGGAGAGAUGCCCUGGUUUAGAGGAUGCUUUUGCUGCUUUGAUUGUUUCAUUUGUUAGAGAUCAUAGGGUCCAAGAAGCUAUACGGGUUCUUGUAGCCAUGAGUUUGGGUGGCUAUAAGCCCAAUGUAGUUGUGUUUAAUUUGUUAUUGAGUGCCAUUGUGGAGGAGAGAAGAGAUUUUCAAUCCGUCUUGUUUGUUUAUAAGGAGAUGGUGAAAGCGGGGAUUGUUCCAACUGUUGAUACCUUGAAUUACUUGUUGGAGGCUUUGUUUGGCAUGGAGCAGAUUGACUCCACUAUAGGUCAAUUCAGAAGAAUGAACAAGAAAGGGUGUCAUCCUAAUAGCAGGACCUUCGAGAUAAUUAUAAGUGGUCUUGUUGUGAGAAACCGAGUUAAUGAAGCGACUACCAUUUUGCAUGAGAUGUUCGAAGCUGGAUUUGAGCCUGAUUUGAGUUUCUAUACCAGUACAAUACCUUUGUUUUGUUCAGCGAAUAAACCUGAGCAAGGGAUCAGGUUGUUAAGAAUGAUGACCGCUUCUAAAAUGGUGCCAAAUUCCUUGCUUUAUGAGGUCCUAAUUCAUUGUUUGUGUGAGAACCUUUAUUUGAAGGAUGCGAUUGGCAUUCUCGAAGAGAUGAUAGAACAUGGUGUAAUUGUGGUUGCUGAUGUGUUUGUAAAAAUAAUAGAAUGUUUCUGUAAAUUAGGAAGGUUUAAUGAGGCCAAAGGGUUUUUGGAAGAAAAACAUGUUAUGGAAGCUUUGCCACAUAAUGCAUUGCUUGGUGGUUACUGCAAUGCUGGUGACAUUUCCAUGGCACAAAGUGUAUUUGAAAAAAUGGUUGAGAGGAAUAUGGCUGAUAGUGAUUCUUGGAACAUUCUUAUCAGAUGGUUUUGCGAGAAUUCAAAUCUUAGAAAAGCUUAUGAAACUCUUGGUAGAAUGAUUGUAACUUCAUUCAUCCCUGAUUAUGCUAGUUACUCUGCUCUUGUUGUUGGCAACUGUAAAUUGAAUGAGUAUAGGUGUGCCAUGGAGCUGUUCCAUCGUAUUCGUGGCAAUAGUUGGGUUUUGGAUUCUGUGUGUUAUGCUGAGUUGCUUGGAGGCCUUUGCCAGGCAGAAAAACUUCAAGAAGCAGCUGAAGUGUUUUGCUAUAUGUCAAGCAAAAGAUGCAGCCUUCAAUCCUCCUCAUUUGAUAUGUUGAUUGAGGGUAUCUGCAUAAAAGGAGAGGUUGAUAGAGCAAUCAGGAUGCUACCAUUGGCUCGUUAUUCUGGAACUCCUUGUGCAAGUGCCACUUACAAUACUAUUAUGCUUGGGCUUUCUAGAACGAAGAGGGGAAAGGAUCUCCUAGUAGUGCUUUCACAAAUGCUGGUAGAUGGUUGCAUUCUCGAUGUGGAAGCAUAUUGUAUCCUUAUACAAAGCAUGAGUGCACAAAGUCGGGCUAAAGAUUGUACUUUGUUCUUCAAUAUGAUGGUUAGGGAAGGUUUUGUGCCUGAUUCAGAAACACUAGCCUGUCUUUUGUCAUGUUUGGCUGACCAUUCUCAGCUGCAUAUGAUUUUAUCAGCAGUAAAUAAACUUGCCUGUGAUUUUGAUAUUCUUAAUUCAUCGACUUUCAACAUACUGGUUAAUGGUCUUUGGAAAGGGGGUUAUGAGAGGGAGGCCCGUCAAUUGUUGGACUUAAUGUUGGAAAAGGGUUGGGUCCCAGAUUCUAUUACUCAUGGACUAUUAAUUGGUUCUGGUGUUAGAGAGGAAAUGGAUGGAACAAGAGUGACUGAUAAAAAUUCUGUGAAACAAGAUAUAGUAAGCAACAUACUGGCUGAGGGCUUGGGGAAAAUGUGACAACCUCACUUUUCAAAAAUGGCAUGAUGUUUGGUUGUUCCCCUGUUGGGCAGGUGCUCCUUAAAGGAAUGACACUGAAGGAUAGCAACUAUUGUUGCCACUCUUGAGUUCUAUAGGGCAUUGAUCCUGCUUUUCAACCUAGUUUUGUGGUUAUGAUAUCUGAGAAAUCAGCAAGUUCUGGUGAGGUGAUAUUGAGAAAAUAGUGGUGAUUCCUGCUUAUAUAAGUCCACUGCCUCCAUUUCUAGCUUCAUAAUUUACUUCAGUGCCAUGACCAGUGCCAUAUGAAGAACAUGGGUUUGGAAUGCUGAAUGGCUUUAUCCCAUCCUCAUAUGCUAGACUAUCAUCCACAAUAAAGUUGAGCAACUGAAACUCGGUCCGUAUUAUCACUCAAGAAGGCGGACAUAGAUGAGCAGGGUGGUGGUGUUCUUAUUUGAAAAGGUAUCUUCUGUUGAACCCCCAGCCAUCGUUUACAACAUCCAUUGAUUUCAGCAAACCCUCCAAAAGCCAUUGAUUCUGGAACCUCCCCAAAAUUCUUUGUAUCUGGCCAAUAUGUAACCGGUUGUUUUCAAUGGUGGUCGUGGAUGAGGGUGGAGAGGUGGUGCAUGGAGAGUGGCCCAAGCGAAGGAGCGCGGCGGGAGGUCCUCAAAGAGGAGGGCAGCGUUCAAAUUUUCAGUAGGACCUCCUCAUCUCUAUGGAUGUAAAUGAAUUAUAUCUUUUCUAGAAACUGUAUCCCUUUUCUUAUUUCCUAUCCCCACCUUUUUUUUUUUCUAUGCUCAACUCUUCUACAUCUAUAAAUUUUCCACAGUAAUUUGAUC